AAGCAAACCCAUUCCUCUCCCUGCUCUCUCUCUCUCUCUCUCCCCCUCCCUCCCUCCCUCCCUCUCUCAUUGUCUGCACUUCGGCUCUAAAGAGAAAAAAGCCUUCCUCUUUCCCAUUCCAUAUUGUUUCUGAAAUAUUUAACCAAUUUUCUGUUUGCUUUCUGGGAAUUUUUUUUCUAAAUCUGUCACUUUCCCUGGAAAAUUUACAGCACCUGAGAAUAAAUAUCAAUUUGCUACUUACCUCAAUUGUUGUCUCAUUAUCCCAAUCUGGUUGGCUCAACCGGUUUGUUUUCUUUCAAAUUGUUUCGUAUUUGCAAUAAUUUAAGUUUACUUUUUCUGUGUUUUCUCUGUAACAUAGAUUUUUUUUUCAAAUUUAUUGAGUUCUUGAGAUCUGGAUUUAUUAAUUCAGUGUUGUAGAAGAGAGACCAUGUGUGCUUGUUUUAUUUUGCUAAAUGUAUUAGAUUUUAGUCUCUAGCUGUAAUAGAAACUGGGGGUUUCAGUACUAAGAUUUGAUUUCGGGCAAUAAGGUUUGAAGCUUUUUUGUUUAGGAGGUAGUUUAAAGUUUCAAUAUUGGGGUUUUAGAAAUGAAGAUUGAGGUGGGUAUGGGAGGUGGGGCAUGGAAUGAUGAAGAUAAGACUAUGGUUGCUGCUGUUUUAGGCUCAAAAGCUUUUAAUUACUUGCUAUCAAAUUCAGUAGCUAAUCAAAAUUUAUUAAUGGUUAUGUGUGGCGAUGAGAAUUUGCAAAAUAAGCUCUCUGAUCUUGUGGACUGCCCCAACUCCUCGAAUUUUAGCUGGAACUAUGCCAUAUUUUGGCAGAUUUCAUGUUCUAAGUCUGGUGAUUGGGUUCUUGGUUGGGGAGAUGGGUCUUGUAGGGAGCCUAAAGAAGGUGAAGAAUCUGAAUUCACUAGAAUUCUUAAUAUACGCCUUGAGGAUGAGACUCAACAGAGGAUGAGAAAGAGAGUUAUUCAGAAGCUGCAGACUUUGUUUGGCGAAUCAGAUGAGGAUAAUUAUGCCUUGGGAUUGGACCGGGUCACUGAUACUGAGAUGUUCUUUUUGGCAUCUAUGUAUUUCUCCUUUCCUCGGGGAGAAGGUGGUCCGGGAAAUUGUUAUGCCUCCGGGAAGCAUGUCUGGAUCUCUGAUGCAUUGAAAUCAGGGCCUGAUUAUUGUGUGAGAUCAUUUCUUGCAAGGUCUGCAGGAUUUCAGACAAUUGUGUUGGUGGCUACUGAUGUUGGUGUUGUUGAAUUAGGUUCUGUGAGAUCUGUUCCUGAAAGUAUCGAGAUGGUUCAAUCAAUAAGGUCAUGGUUUUCCACUCGGAGUUCAAGUAUCAGAACCAAGCCAAUGGAUGCUGCAGUUGCAGCGGUAGCCAUGCCUGUGGUGAGUGAAAAGAAAGAUGAGAAUUCCCCGUUUUCAAAUUUUGGGAUUGUGGAGAGAGUUGAAGGAGCUCCGAAGAUUUUUGGUCAGGAUUUGAACAGCUCAAAUCAUGGUCAUGGUUUUAGGGAGAAACUUGCCAUCAGAAAGAUGGAAGAGAGACCUUCAUGGAAUGCUUACCAGAAUGGUAGUAGGCUUGCAUUUCCUGGUACUCGAAAUCGCCUGCAUGGUUCUAGCUGGGCACAAAGUUUUGGUUUGAAACAAGGGACACCAGGUGAGGUUUAUGGCUCACAAGCCACAGCAAAUAAUCUAAAAGAGCUGGUUAAUGGGGUUAGGGAGGAGUUUAGGCAUAAUCACUACCAAGGUCAAAAGCAGGUGCAAGUGCAAAUUGAUUUUUCAGGAGCCACUUCAGGGCCUUCUGGGAUUGGCAGACCACUUGGUGCAGAAUCUGAGCAUUCAGAUGUUGAAGCUUCGUGCAAGGAAGAAAGGCCAGGUGCAGCAGAUGACAGAAGGCCUCGCAAACGGGGCAGGAAGCCAGCGAAUGGAAGAGAAGAACCCCUUAAUCAUGUUGAGGCAGAGAGGCAGCGGCGAGAGAAGCUCAACCAGCGAUUCUAUGCACUACGAGCUGUUGUGCCCAAUAUUUCCAAGAUGGACAAGGCUUCAUUGUUAGGAGAUGCUAUUUCUUACAUCAAUGAGCUUCAAGCGAAGCUCAAGAAAAUGGAAGCUGAAAGGGGAAAAUUGGAGGGCGUCGUGAGAGAUUCAUCGACAUUGGAUGUUAACACAAAUGGAGAAAGUCAUAAUCAAGCUCGAGACGUUGAUAUCCAAGCUUCCCAUGAUGAGGUGAUGGUAAGAGUGAGUUGUCCGAUGGAUUCGCAUCCUGCAUCAAGAGUGAUUCAAGCAUUGAAAGAAGCACAGGUCACUGUCAUUGAGUCGAAACUUUCCGCUGCAAAUGACACUGUGUUCCAUACAUUUGUGAUCAAGUCUGAAGGAUCCGAGCAGCUAACAAAGGAAAAGCUGAUGGCGGCAAUUUCGUGCGAAUCCAGCUCAUUACAGUCAUUAUCAUCAACUGGGUAGUUUGAGAAUUGAGUCUGACGUAUAGUCCAUAGGCGUAUAUGUAGUGAAGAACCCUUUUAAAAGCUUCUUCAGAGGUUUUGAUAUACUGCAAGGGAUCUUAAAAGGAGCUGGCUAGAAGUAGAAAAAUGACUACCUAUUGACCUAGUAGGGCAGCAAAUUUUCUGUGAUUGUUGAUAGUAUACAUGUUUUGUCAUAAGGAAGUAUUCUUUCCAGAUGAAUUACAUUUGUAAGUUUUAACAAGUGUAUCAUUGUUGGUUAUUUAGCUCUGAUAUAUUUGGUUGUUUUUUCUUAAAAAAAUUUAUUUUGUUUAAUUAA